AUGGCAGAUACGCCAAAGAUAUCACAAGACACACCUAAAAUUCAACAACUUCGUUCUUAUUUAAAUCUUAGAGCUCAAAUUACAAUUUCAGAUGGUCGUAUAUUUAAUGGAACUUUUAUGUGCAUAGACAAAUAUAAAAAUAUAAUUUUAUCACAAACAGAAGAGUUUCGAAAUGAACAAAAAAGAUUUGUUGGGCUUGUUAUGAUUCCAGGAAAACAUCUUGUUAAAGCAGAAAUUGAAGAUUUGGAAGUUUCAGAUAUUUAUAUUUGA